UGACAUUUUAGUAGAAAUUGACAUUUCUUCAUUGAAAUCUGACUAUUUAAUAAUCGUAAACAAAUAUUUACCGCUAAAAAAUUAUUAAUAUAAAAUUAUAAAUAUAAGAUAUGUCAGCGGGAUCUGUAGACUUAAGCUCGUAUCGCGAUCAGCAUUUUAAAGGAUCACGGUCUGAGCAAGAGCGUUCACUCCGUGAAUCAUGUACAUUGUAUGUAGGGAAUCUAUCAUUUUAUACAACGGAGGAACAAAUUCAUGAAUUAUUUUCCCGCUGCGGUGAAGUACGGCGCAUAGUAAUGGGUUUAGAUAAGUACAAAAAAACUCCUUGUGGAUUUUGUUUUGUUGAAUAUUAUAUGCGUACAGACGCAGAAAUGGCCAUGCGAUACGUGAAUGGAACAAGACUAGAUGAUCGUUUAAUUCGAGUUGAUUGGGAUGCAGGUUUUAUAGAGGGACGUCAAUAUGGCCGAGGCAAAACUGGUGGGCAAGUGCGUGAUGAAUACCGAACAGACUAUGAUGCCGGGCGAGGAGGUUAUGGCAAAUUACUGCAACAAAAAAUUGCCCCAAAUACCGACAACCGUUAAUUCUUUUGGUAUUUUACAUUUUACUUUAGGAUUUAUACAAUAUAUAUAAUGAAAAAUAAUAUUAUAAUUCUGUUUUGCCUCCGCUUAAAGAUGGACCAUUCUUAAGCUUCUUA